AAGCAAUGGAAAUUAAAUAACUAUUUCUAUGAUUAGCGUUUGGUAUUUGACAUAUGUGUCUAGCUGUCAUCCAUAUCAAGCGUUAAGAGAACGCGGCAUAUGAGUUUGAGUUAAUUAAAAUGUCCGACGAAGGAGAUUCACCAAAAAUUGCCCAUUCUGAGGGUAAAGAAGACGUCAAAUCUGAGGAUAAUGAUUCGUCACAAGAUGAGGUUGAAUUGAAGGACAAGUCGCCAUCCAAAGAAAAAACUACUAAUGAUGAUAAAAAUGAUGAUAAGGAUGAAGAAAACGAUGUAGACGAAGAAAAUGACAAAGAUGGUGAUACUGAGGAAUCAGAGAGCCAAGAAUCCAAAGCUUCAAAUAAGGAGAAGGGAAACGAGAAUGACUCAAAAAAGAAGUCUAAAAAUGACGAUAAAAAGAAAAAUGAUAAAUUAAAAUCUGAAGAUGAAGAAGAAUCUGAGGAAGAUAUUAGUGAAGAAGAGGAGGAAGAAGAAAAAGAACAGAAGAAAAGUACAAAAGAAAAAAAAGGGAAAACUGAACCAGUCCAAGACUCUAAGAAGGAUCGUAGAGGUGCUUCAAAGUCUAAUGACGAUAAAAAGGAAUCUAAUGAGGAUGGCUCUGAAACGAAAGGAGAAAAAUGCUGUCUUGGGGAUAUUCCCAGAAUAGACGCUUCAAUAUCAAGAUUUAAGAAUGAUGAUCUAAAGUUAUUACACAAGUUGCUUUACAAAGAGCCUGGGAAAACGAAUUUGAUUAAGAAAAACAUUCGUAAAUUUGAUGGUUUUGACUUUACCAAGGACUCUGAUGAGUAUUCUAAAAAAAUUAAGGACAUUCUUAAGUUUGAAAGCAAACAAUUGAAAGUAAUUUGCGAGAUGCUGGACUUGCCUAAAACUGAGAAAGAUGAGGAGAACGCUAAUAAGAUAUUAGAAUUCUUAUUGGAACCAAAGGACUCUGGUAAGGUAGUCGGAGGAGGUCGACCUAAGAGAACUGCUGCAGUUCGAGCUAAUAAUAGAGGUUAUUCAUCCCAUGAUGACUAUUCAAGUGAUGAAAAAUACAAAGCAAGGUCAAGAAGAGAAAAAGGCCAGAGGACCACUUAUAAAGAAGACAGCUCCAGUAGUGAUGAGGAGUUUCAGCCUUCAGAUGAUGACCGUCCAGCUACCAAGUCUAAACAAAGAAAUGCUAAGCGCAAGAAGGCCAAGAGUGAAGACAGUGAAGAAGAUGUAGUCACGCCAAGCUCAGAUGAAAGUGAUGAUGGAUCUCGCAAGCGAAAACGAGUUUCUAAAGUUAACAACAAGAGUAAAGCCAAGGCUCCCGCCAAAAGGGGACGUAAACCUACGCCUAAGAAGACACCAGGUAGAAAGAAGAAGAAAGUUAGUUCAGAAGAAGACACAGAGGAACUAAGUGAUAAGAAAAAUGAUGGUAGUUCAUCUGAGGAUGAGCCAUUAGUGAAGAAGACUAAAAAUUCACAGCCGCCUACUGAUGAAGAAAUCAAAACUUAUGUAAAGGAGAUCUUAGAAGGAGCUAAUUUAGAAGAAAUCACCAUGAAAACUGUCUGUCAGAAAGUAUAUGCUCACUAUCCAGACUUUGAUUUAGCACACAAAAAAGAUUUUAUCAAAACGACUGUUAAAUCGUUGAUAUCGACGUGAACUGUUUGAGGUGAAAGAGCAUAUAUAAAAUAAAUAUAAGAAAGUUUGAAGUAAUGCAAUCUUUAUAUAUGUUUCGAGUACAAAAAGAGAGUCGAUAUUUUGUUUUUUAUUCAUUCUAUCUUAGUAUAUCAGCAGGAAAGCAUUGUCACUUUUUGUAAAAUAUAGCACUAGUGAUUUAAUUAUUCCAAUUUGUUUUCAGUUUAUCCCAAACAGAUAGAUUGAUAAUCAUUGAAUUUCGUUGCAUAAUUAUUUGUGUUUUUAAGAUUGUGAAUGAUUUUGUCAUAAAAGAUAAAAUUUUAA